CCUCCCGGCCCUGGAUUCCACUUCCUCUCCGCUCGCGCUGCAGCAGCAGCCGCCUCCAGGCCCUGCGCCGCCUCCGGAGUCCAUGGCCGGGACGCGCUGGGUGCUCGGGGCGCUGCUCCGGGGCUGCGGCUGCAACUGCAGCAGCUGCCGGCGCACCGGCGCCGCCUGCCUGCCCUUCUACUCGGCCCCCGGCUCCUUCCCCUCGGGCGUCUCGGGCCGCCGCCGCCUGCUGCUGCUGCUCGGGGCCGCCGCGGCCGCCGCCUCUCAGACGCGUGGCCUCCAGACCGGGCCUGCGCCCGCCGGGAGGCUGGCGGGGCUUCCCCCCGCCGCCACCUCCGCCGCCGCUGCGGCAGCCGCCUCUUACCCGGCCCUGCGCGCCCCUCUGCUGCCGCAGUCGCUGGCGGCGGCCGCGGGUCCGGCGCGGAGCUACAGCCAGGAGUCCAAAACGACCUACCUGGAAGACCUUCCACCUCUCCCUGAGUAUGAAGUGGCGCCAUCCAAGUUAGGACAGGAUGUGGAUGAUGUUUAUCUCAUUCGAGCUCAAGGAUUACCAUGGUCGUGUACUAUAGAAGAUGUGCUUAACUUUUUCUCAGACUGCAGAAUCCGCAAUGGUGAGAAUGGAAUACACUUCCUCUUAAAUAGAGAUGGAAAGCGAAGGGGUGACGCCUUAAUUGAAAUGGAAUCAGAGCAGGAUGUGCAAAAAGCCUUAGAAAAGCACCGCAUGUACAUGGGGCAGCGGUAUGUGGAAGUAUAUGAGAUAAACAAUGAAGAUGUAGAUGCCUUAAUGAAGAGCCUGCAGGUCAAAUCUUCACCUGUGGUAAAUGAUGGCGUGGUCCGUUUGAGAGGACUUCCUUAUAGUUGCAAUGAGAAAGACAUUGUGGACUUCUUUGCAGGACUGAAUAUAGUAGACAUUACUUUUGUCAUGGACUACAGAGGGAGAAGAAAAACAGGAGAAGCCUAUGUGCAGUUUGAAGAACCAGAAAUGGCCAGCCAAGCCCUGUUGAAACACAGGGAAGAGAUUGGUAACCGAUAUAUAGAGAUAUUUCCAAGCAGAAGGAAUGAGGUUCGAACACACGUUGGUUCUCAUAAGGGAAAGAAAAUGGCAUCUUCUCUUACUGCUAAGUAUAUAACUGAGCCAGAAAUGGUCUUUGAAGAACACGAAGUAAAUGAGGAUAUUCGGCCCAUGACAGCUUUUGAAAGUGAGAAGGAAGUAGAAUUGCCUAAGGAGAUGUCAGAAAAGCUUCCAGAGACUGCUGAUUUUGGAACUGCAUCUUCACUACAUUUUGUCCACAUGAGAGGAUUGCCUUUCCAAGCCAAUGCCCAAGACAUUAUAAACUUUUUUGCUCCACUGAAGCCUGUUAGAAUCACCAUGGAAUACAGUUCCAGUGGGAAAGCCACUGGAGAAGCUGAUGUGCACUUCGAUACCCAUGAGGAUGCUGUUGCAGCCAUGCUCAAGGAUCGGUCGCAUGUUCACCAUAGGUAUAUUGAAUUGUUCCUGAAUUCAUGUCCAAAAGGAAAAUAAGACUUCCAGGGACUCCAGAUAAUAAGGAUGAAGCAAGAAGCAUUUCAUUUGCACAUCUUUCUUGGACAUGGGAUAUAAAGCUCCAGUUUUUUAGCAGCAGCUGCUAGAGAAAGGAUUUUGGGGUUUGGGCUUAAUUACUUAUAAGAAUAAUUCCAUAGUGGACUGUUUAGAAAGAGAAAGGAAAGGUUCAGUUUGGGAUUAUGAAAUAAAACCACAAAUUUAAAUUUUUGUUUAAACUGUCUAGGGUCUGAUUUACAAAUCUGGUCUUUAUUUUAUAUGAUUAAACAGUUUGAUUUCACAGAGGACAUGUUACCCAUUGUAAAGACUACAUGUUUUUAUUCAGUACUGUCCUUUAAAAUCUUUCUCCCAUUUUAAAAAUGAUCUGGUUGAGGUUUUGUUUUUUACCUAUGAAUUCAGAGCUCUGAUGUAAAACUUCUCAUGGAAUAAAACAUUGAGUUAUUUUAACCAAAUACUCACCAAAGCAAGGAAAGGUUUCAGACCUUUGAACCAUUACGGUUUGGCAGAGUAGUUUUAAUUUUAGGUCUAUUUGAUUACUUAGAUAGGGGUAAGAAUUAAAAAUAAGUCAAAACAAAAAAUAAACCCCACAGGGUAGUGAGUGUAAAUGACAACAAUUUGGCAGUUUUAUGUCUUUAGGAAUGUUUUGCCUUUCCAAGCCUUGUGCUAAAGGCAUUAACAUUGGUUCCUGUGUACUUAAGGAGGGAAUUCUAGUCUCAACUUAAAAGUUAUAUGGACACCCCCUUUUUUUGUGGUUUUGGGUGACCCUUAAGGGUAUUGGUUUGUUAGUCUCAAAACUGUGAAUUGACAUAUCAGAACAGUCCCGACUGGUAAGGACAUUAAUGGCUUCACUUGAAUUUAAACCAGCUCUAGAUAGGAAAAAAUUUAAGUCUCCUCAUUUGCUUUUUCAGUGGGGUAGCACAUCCCAUAUUUUAGAAGAAGUAGGGGGUGCCUUGCUUAAAUAAAAAUAGCAUUUAAUGUAUAAUUGUGUGAAGGGUUUAUGGAUAAAGCUGUAUUAAUGUCACAUUGUGGCAGUACCUUCUGCUUUAAUAUUAAACAGCUUGUUAUUUAAAUAUUGGAUCAAAAUGGCUGGCUUCAAAAUGUAGUCAUUAAUAAACUAACUUUACGUGCACCUGUGUAGGAGAAUCAGAAUCCUGUAUACUUUAUUUGCCUUGUUCCUGUUCUCAGGUGAUGACUGCCACGUAGUUACCAGGAGAUGCAGUUCUGGUUCUUAAAAUUGAAUUAGCCCAGAUUUCUGAGAGGUGAUAUCUGGAAGAGAGAUGAUGUCUUCUCUCACUUAAUACAUAACCAUCUUUGAUUACCAGCUCAGAUACAAAAUCACUGUACUGUAAGUAGUCAAUAAAUGAAGGCUUGUUUCAGGCUGAA